GACAGGGCAGCGGGUGGCUUGCAGCAGCGGCGCCGACAUGGCUGCGCUGGUGGAGCCGCUGGGGCUGGAGCGGGACGUGUCCCGGGCCGUUGAGCUCCUCGAGCGGCUCCAGCGCAGCGGGGAGCUGCCCCCGCAGAAGCUGCAGGCGCUCCAGCGAGUCCUGCAGAGCCGCUUCUGCUCUGCCAUCCGGGAGGUGUAUGAGCAGCUCUAUGACACACUGGACAUUACGGGCAGUGCAGAGAUCCGGGCUCAUGCCACAGCCAAGGCUACCGUGGCUGCCUUCACGGCCAGUGAGGGCCAUGCCCAUCCCAGGGUGGUGGAGCUGCCCAAGACAGAUGAAGGGCUGGGCUUCAACAUCAUGGGAGGCAAGGAGCAGAACUCCCCCAUCUACAUCUCCCGGGUCAUCCCUGGGGGUGUGGCUGACCGCCAUGGAGGCCUCAAGAGAGGGGACCAGCUCCUGUCAGUGAAUGGUGUGAGCGUGGAGGGUGAGCAGCACGAGAAGGCGGUGGAGCUGCUGAAGGCGGCCCAGGGCUCCGUGAAGCUGGUGGUGCGCUACACACCCCGCGUGCUCGAGGAGAUGGAGGCCCGCUUCGAGAAGAUGCGAUCUGCGCGCCGGCGCCAGCAACACCAGAGCUAUUCGUCCUUGGAGUCUCGAGGCUGAAACCUCCGAUCUGGCCUUUCCCCUCCCAGCUCCUCCUCCCUGUACAGUAUUUAUUGUCACUGGCCCCUCAUUUAAAGCUCUUUGACCCU